GAGGAGAAAGCGCUUGUUGACUUCUUGUUACGAAUGAGUGCCAGUGGAUGCCCUAUCCGUAUCAAGUACAUACCUUCCCUCGCCUUCUGCAUCGCCCGCCGACGAGUAUCGAAUCGGCCCGCUGGGCCGCCGAAUAAGAACUGGCCUCAAGCCUUCCGCCGCCGUCAUCCAGAGAUCAAGUCGAGGAACAACAAAGCAAUGGCUUGA